UGGAGCAGCAGAAUCAGUAGCGCAAAGCGUCCGACCGGAAGCCUUCUCGCACUGAGCGGAAGCGCAGCGGCUCCAGCUGUUAUUGUUGACAGACGGAGCUUCGGGGGGAAAAUGGCGGUGUCCCGUCGAUCCUCACAGCACCAACAAAGCAGCCUGCAGCCGUCUCCGCGGAACGCCGUGAUCGCAUCCCCCCCACCGGAAUCGCCGUCCGCGAUUAUUCCCGAAUCGACGAGUUUAUUGAGCCCCUCGGCCACCGGCGCGGCGGAAUGCGGCGGAGCGACGAUGGAGUCCGCAGCGGCCUCCUCCUCCUCCGCCUCUUCCCCAGACCGGCCCGCCCCAGCAACAGCGGCGGCCGCGCUCGGCAGCUCCAGCUGCAGCAGCAUUAGCUCCAGCGCGACCGCGGGCAGCCAGAGCCCCGGCUCAGGCGCGGCUAGUCCCGGGGACGGAGUGUGCGGGGCCGGCGGGGCGUUCAGAGAGCUGUUCGAGGCCUGUCGGAACGGAGACGUGUCGCGGGUGAAAAGGCUGGUGGACUCGGUGAACGUGAACGCCAAAGACAUGGCCGGGCGAAAAUCAACCCCUCUGCAUUUCGCUGCAGGCUUUGGCAGAAAGGACGUGGUGGAGCAUCUCCUGCAGACCGGAGCGAACGUCCAUUCCCGUGACGACGGCGGGCUGAUCCCGCUCCACAACGCCUGCUCGUUUGGGCACGCGGAGGUGGUCAGCCUGCUUCUGUGUAGCGGCGCGGACCCCAACGCGCGAGACAACUGGAACUACACACCUCUGCACGAGGCCGCCAUCAAGGGCAAAAUAGACGUGUGCAUUGUGUUGCUCCAGCACGGCGCCGAUCCGAACAUUAGAAACACUGACGGCAAAUCAGCCCUGGACCUGGCAGACCCUUCUGCUAAGACCGUCCUCACCGGUGAAUAUAAGAAGGAUGAAUUGUUGGAGGCAGCGAGGAGCGGAAAUGAGGAAAAGUUGAUGGCACUUUUGACUCCGCUUAACGUCAACUGUCAUGCCAGCGAUGGGCGCAAGUCAACAUCUCAAAAAAUGCUGUCCACUCCUCUUCACCUGGCCGCUGGCUAUAAUCGAGUGCGUAUAGUGCAGCUGCUGCUGCAGUACGGCGCUGACGUUCAUGCCAAAGACAAAGGUGGUCUAGUUCCUCUGCAUAAUGCCUGCUCUUAUGGUCACUAUGAGGUCACGGAGCUCCUGCUGAAGCACGGGGCGUGCGUUAACGCCAUGGACCUGUGGCAGUUCACGCCGCUGCACGAGGCGGCCAGUAAGAAUCGAGUGGAGGUCUGUUCACUGCUGCUGAGUCACGGCGCUGAUCCCACACUGCUCAACUGUCACGGCAAGAGCGCGGUGGAUGUGGCUCCCACACCUGAACUUAAAGAGAGACUCACCUAUGAGUUCAAAGGACACACGCUAUUGCAAGCAGCCCGCGAGGCAGACAUGGCAAAGGUCAAGAAAACGGCUCAAGAGAUCAUCAGCUUCAAACACCCUCACUCGCACGACUCGGCUCUGCACUGCGCCGUAGCUUCCCCUCAUCCAAAACGCAAACAGGUCACGGAGCUGCUGCUGCGGAAAGGUGCCAACAUUCACGAGAAGAACAAAGAUUUUAUGACUCCAUUCCACGUUGCGUCUGAACGAGGUCAUAAUGAUGUGCUCGAAGUCCUUCAGAAACACGGAGCAAAGGUGAACGCCGUGGACACACUGGGUCAGACAGCUCUGCACAGGGCGGCCCUCGCCGGUCACAUUCAGACUUGCAGACAGUUGCUGAGUUACGGAGCCGACCCGUCAAUCGUUUCGCUGCAGGGCUUCACUGCGUCACAGAUGGGCAAUGAAGCCGUACAGCAAAUACUCAAUGAGAACAUUCCUCCUCGUAAUUCGGAUGUGGAUUACCGCUUUCUCGAGGCUGCUAAAGCUGGAGACCUUGAUACGGUGAAGCAACUGUGCUCCCCUCAAAACGUGAACUGUCGUGACCUGGAGGGCCGUCACUCCACUCCGCUGCAUUUUGCCGCAGGCUACAACCGCGUGGCCGUGGUGGAAUACCUGUUGCAUCAUGGAGCCGACGUGCACGCUAAAGAUAAAGGCGGCCUGGUUCCUUUGCACAAUGCGUGUUCGUACGGUCACUACGAGGUGGCAGAGUUGCUGGUGAGACAUGGAGCGUCUGUGAACGUGGCGGACCUGUGGAAGUUCACACCGCUACAUGAGGCUGCAGCCAAGGGCAAAUAUGAGAUCUGCAAACUGCUGCUCAAGCACGGCGCAGACCCGUCUAAGAAGAACCGCGAUGGCAACACGGCUCUGGACAUGGUGAAGGACGGAGACACAGACAUCCAGGACCUUCUGCGUGGAGAUGCAGCCCUGCUGGAUGCCGCCAAGAAGGGCUGUUUGGCCCGAGUGCAGAAACUCUGCAGCCCUGAGAAUAUCAAUUGCAGAGACACACAGGGCAGGAACUCCACACCGCUGCACCUUGCAGCUGGUUACAAUAACCUGGAGGUGGCCGAGUAUCUCCUGGAGCACGGAGCGGAUGUGAAUGCUCAGGAUAAAGGAGGGCUGAUCCCUUUGCAUAACGCUGCUUCAUAUGGGCAUGUGGAUAUCGCCGCUCUCCUGAUCAAGUACAACACGUGUGUGAACGCGACAGACAAGUGGGCGUUCACACCGCUUCACGAGGCUGCGCAGAAGGGCCGCACACAGCUGUGUGCACUGCUCCUGGCGCACGGCGCUGACCCCACCAUGAAGAACCAGGAGGGACAGACGGCUCUGGACCUGGCCACGGCUGAUGAUAUCCGUGCGCUGCUGAUGGACGCCAUGCCCCCGGAUGCCCUGCCCAGCUGUUUCAAACCGCAGGCCACCGUGCUCAGCGCCGCUCUCAUAUCACCCGCCUCCACACCCUCCUGCCUCUCCGCUGCCUCCAGCAUCGAUAACCUGGCCGGGCCCCUCAGCGACGGGGCCAGUGGAGGGGCUACAGGACCCGCCGAUGGGGCCUCUGGAACCGAGCGCAAGGAAGGAGAUGUAGCUGUACUGGAUAUGAACAUCUCACAAUUCCUGAAGAGUCUGGGACUUGAGCAUUUGAGGGACAUCUUUGAGAGAGAACAGAUCACUCUGGACGUUUUGGCCGAUAUGGGUCACGAGGAACUCAAGGAGAUCGGCAUCAAUGCUUACGGACACCGUCAUAAACUCAUCAAAGGUAUCGAGAGGCUGCUAGGAGGACAGCAGGGGGCCAACCCAUAUCUGACGUUCCACUGCACCAAUCAGGGCACAGUUUUGAUCGACCUGGCCGUGGAUGAUAAAGAGUUUCAGUCUGUUGAGGAAGAGAUGCAAAGCACAAUCCGGGAGCACAGGGACGGAGGAAACGCAGGUGGCGUUUUCAGUCGAUACAAUAUCAUCAAGAUCCAGAAGGUGGUGAAUAAGAAACUGAGAGAGCGAUACACACACAGGCAGAAAGAGAUCGCUGAUGAGAAUCACAACCACCACAACGAACGAAUGCUGUUUCAUGGAUCUCCAUUCAUAAAUGCCAUCAUCCACAAAGGAUUUGAUGAGCGUCAUGCCUACAUCGGUGGCAUGUUUGGAGCUGGCAUAUAUUUUGCAGAGAACUCUUCUAAGAGUAACCAGUACGUCUAUGGCAUCGGUGGCGGCACAGGUUGCCCCACUCACAAAGACCGCUCCUGUUACGUGUGCCACAGGCAAAUGUUGUUUUGCCGUGUGACAUUGGGAAAGUCCUUCUUGCAGUUCAGCGCCAUGAAGAUGGCCCAUGCUCCCCCUGGACAUCAUUCUGUGAUUGGCCGUCCCAGUGUCAAUGGCCUGGCCUACGCCGAGUACGUGAUCUACCGCGGAGAACAGGCCUACCCAGAGUAUCUCAUCACUUAUCAGAUCGUAAAGCCGGACAGCACGCCUCAGUCCUCCACAGGAGCAGAGCAGAAAUCAUAGUCGGACACUGCGUUUCUACACCCGUUCACUCACUCACUCACUCGCUCGCUCGCUCACUCACUCAUUCUUUCUCACUCUUGUUGCACAAUGGAAAUGUGAACUUUCCCAUGUACCCACGUCUUGGAAUUCCCAUGUAUGAAUUAUGAAUUUGCACUUUUAAAAACAAGUUACUUAAGUUAUUUGAAAAUAGUUGCAAUUGUGAAGUCUAAUGUACAGGUAGUAUAAAGAAAACAUGUAAAACUGACUGUGUUUAACGAUGCUAUUUGAGUUGUAUUUUAAUGGAACUUUUUUUUUUUUUUUUUUUUGGAGUCUGUUCAUUUCUUUUAAAUAAAUCUCAUCAGAACAAGACUCACUCAUAUGUUUUUGAUUGUGUUUUCUUAUGGAAUGUCGUUGGCUUUAUCUCUGCGUUUUAAGGUGGAAUUGCAAAGGGAAGUCAAAAUAAUAAUCGGUUAAAGAAGUUUCUCGUUUAGACCUAGGCUGCAAAUAUUUGACCAAAAAUACAGUAAAAACGAUAAUAAUGUGAAAUAAUAAUAAACUUUAUUUUUGUUUUAUUGUUCAAUUUAUUCAGUUUUCAGCAUCAUUACUCCAGUCUUCAGGAACAUCUACUAAACAGUUGUCCUCGUAUUUUUGUGGAGAUACCGAUACAUUUAGGAUACAGGAACAGGAAGUUCAAAAUAACAGCAUGCAUUUGAAAAUGAAAUCUUUUGUAACAAAUGGCCUAGCUGUCUCGUUUCAAUAAAUAGACAAAAUCAGGUUUUUGUAUGUACACCAAUUUAGGAAACAAAGUGGCGAACACUGCAAUUUACAUCAGAGAAGCAAUCACGUGAUGUGAAAUAAAAACUGUGAAUUGCUUACAACUAUAUAUCUGAAUGCACACCAGCAAGUGAAAAAAUAAAUGAAAAAUGUCAAUGUUAAUUUAAAAAAUGCAUUAAUAUAAAAAUAUCCUGCCGUGAUACUUGGGGUGUGUUCAAAACGAUAAUAAUAUUAUUAUAUUACCGAUUUAAAGAAUAUAUCGACUUCUAUUCCGUAGCUGGUUGUCUUUGGCUGAUGACAGACGGUCAUCCUCCCACAGAAGGAGCGCCUGUGGCGGGAGGCUCGGCGGUGCUGGCGGCGGAGGGGACUCUCUCCAGCACGAUGAUGGGCGGCUGCACUGCCAUGGCGUGUGGAUGUGCGUGAGCGUGAGGGAGUGGGUAUGGAUGUUGAAACGGAUGCUGAUACGGAUGUUGAUACGGAUACGGGUGGAAAGCAGGUUGGUAGGGGCGCAAGAGACUCGGGAAUCUGUAGGGAGUAAGCUGCUGUCCGCCGUACUGACCCACGGGCACGAGAAAAUAAACUGAAGGCGCUGACUGAACUGGAAGGCCUGGUCGAUAGAAUUCCUGAAAACACAAUAAAUCGGAGUUGGGCGAGCUUCUCAAUUAUUUCCACCAUUGUGCACGACGGGAGGUAGACUGUUUUGUGGGAAUGUGCGAGACUUCUGAUACCUUAGCCUUAACAAUAAAGUGCGGUAAACUACAACUAGGCAAAUUUAGCUGUUUAUAAUUAUGACAACGCGUUAUUGUGAUGGGAAAUACCAGCAUGUAAUAUCAAGUGCUUAUCGUGCUACUGAUAAAAUAACUGGAAACAAACGUUAUAGGCUUUUUACGUUAAACAGGCAAUGUAACAAUAUAGAUAACGAUAAAAUAACACGCCUUUCGUGGCUAAAGUUGAAAUAACGUUUAGGCUACUGAACUGAAAACGAUUACCUCAAAACUCAGAUCUCUUGUCUUCCUGCUGGUUUUCUCUGCCUAUAUCCAACAGACAUAAUCUCUUAAACAGCAAGCCUUACUUAGACCCGUAUUACAUAUUUUGCAUUAUAUAAGUCAUGUUUAACUCACAGGAACAGCUAGACUCAGACAGGCUGCAGACAGGAGACUGAAACCCAAGAUUAAAGUUGUCAUAGCUGAUUCUGACCUGCAAAAUAAACCGCUUCACAUUGCAAUCAUAAAUUGGUUGUCCCAUAUUUGUUUAUUUGUAUAUGUAUACUUACAAUGAAAUAAUGUAAUAUUUAGAUACUAUUUUUAUUUUAAAAUAUAUUUCAUAUUUAUAUUAUAUAUAAUAACAUUUUCGCUUACCCUUUUUUCUUUUUCACAUAUGACCAUAUGCUGCGUCGCUGAUAUCCUAUAUCACCCAGUUGCGCUUGUGUUUUUAUAUGACAACCUUCUCUCAUUCACCCAAUAAAAAAAUAUGUGGUUCUCUCCCACACUUGAUUGCCGUGGAGUUUGAGGAGCAGAUAAUUUUGACCGCAAUCCCUUAAAUGCCUAUCAAAUGGGCAGACGUUAAUUAAAGAAUUUGAGUUCUGAAGAAAUCCUUCACCUCACUGGUUUGUGAAAGUUCCCUCAAGCAUCUGCAAAAUUUCACAAUAACAUCUACAUUAAAAAAUAUUUUAUGCUCCACAGAUCAUAAUAUAAAGCAUUGCCUAAAACAGUGUGUAUGUGUAUAAUAUUUACAUAA